AUGAAGGGUUCUCUCCUCGAAUCCCGCUGGGCCCCAGGUAACCACGACGCCUACGACCAACAUGAACACCCAUCUUACUCCUACAACAAACCCUCCUACCACUCAGUCUCAGCCCCGCAAACCUCACGUUCCUCGAACCCACCAUCACAAUGGCAGUCAAAAGCUCCCUCACAUCCACCGCGCACACAUAGUGUCCCUGCACCACACACGACAUCCUCCUCAUUACCACCACCUAAUACCAACAACCUCCUCCCUCCCGCCGAAGAACUAGCCCGCUUCAUGAAGAUCGUCUCGCGAUUACGUUGGAAACUACCCUUCCUGGCAGAAGCCUACCGCAUAGCCACCGAGAACACCCAGCCAUCCUCUGAAGCAGAAAUCAUGUUCAAGAUCGAUUUCUUCGAAUACUACGCUCUGCUGGAGCGCGCGAUCGUUCAUCUUCUCGCCGUGUUCAACAUCACCGUUUCUUCAGCGGGGGCGGGAGGGCUCCCGGCGCGCGGGCGCUCGUACAAUGCCGGUGGCGGGGGCACAUCGACAACAGGUAGCUACGGGGGAGGAGACAGUGGUUCAGCCCUCUCACGUAACGGCGCCUCAACACUCCACCGCUACCACGCAAACGUUCUCUCCGCGCUCGAGUCUGAAACGAGCCCGCUCACCCCGGUAUUGGGCUCUGGCCAUGUAUUUGAGCAAUUACGGCAAGCAAAGGAGCUACGUAAUCGGUGGAAGACGGCCGAUAUGACGACGGAGCAAUUGGCACGGGAUCCGGUGGGGAAUCGGGACUCGGUGCGGCCGUUGGAGAGUUAUGAUCUGGAGGGGAUCCUGAGUGCGAUCUUUGCGGGGUUGGAGGAGGGGUUUAUGAGGGCCAGAGCGCAUGUUGAAUUGUGUAAGAGGCCUGGAGAGGAGGUGGAGGAAGUAAAGGAGGGAGGGUGGGAUUUCAUGGUUGAUGCGAUGGAUUGGGAGGCGGUUUGA